AUGGCUGCCACAAAGGAAGCUAUGUCCACGACGCAUUUGAAUAUGCCAUCAACAAUGGUGGAAUUGCCUCAUAGGCUGAUUAUCCUUAUACAGCUAAGAAUGAUACCUGCGAUCACCAAAAGGGGAAGAAAAACGAUAGCUCUUACAGUUGAUGAGUAUCAAAAUGUGACAUCCACCAAAUCAGAAAAUCCUCUAUUUUGUGCUGUUGCUAGACAGCCUGUUAGUGUUCAUACUUAUGCUGGUAGCAAAGACUUUCAACGUUACCACCAUGGACUGUUCAAUGGUAGUGGCUGCUCUGAGGUUGCACCUUAUUACAUUAAUCAUGUUAUGCUGAUUGUUGGAUAUGAUUCAUUUGGUCCCGGUCUUGAUUAUCGGAUUGUGAAGAACUCAUGGGGAAAAACCUGGGGAGAACAAGGUUACAUCAAAAUCAAAAGAAAUAUUGGUCAUCACUUAGGUGUAUGCAACAUCAAUUGCUGGGGUUAUUACCCAACCAAGAAGAACGUGAAGCUUGAUUCUGCUACAUGA